AUGCCGCCUCAUAUUAAUGACUUCCCUAAGGUGGACGCGAUUGGAGAGUCCGAGAGCUUUUCGGACAGACCGACGCGAUCUGGCACGAGAAUGUGGUAUGAGUUGAAGGUUCUGCAGCAACCUGAGCGUGCGCGUGCUUGCGGGUCCGGUCAGAAGUCCGCUGCUGACAGACGCCCUGUCGAUCCACCACCAGUGGUGCAGUUGCAUGUUUAUGAGGGCCUCACCAGAGCCGAGGCUACGGAUAUUACCUUCAACUACCGCGCCAACUUUUUCCUCUACGCCGAGCUCGCUCCCGCGCGCCCCAUGGCCAAUGGACGCGUUCAGACUCCCGCCGCGACUUCGCCUCCCGUACUGACCGGAAUGCCCGUUUCGGGUAUGGCAUAUCUUGACAGGCCUACAGAGGCAGGAUACUUCCUAUUUCCCGACCUUUCAGUUCGCCAUGAAGGGCGCUAUGUAUUGGCUUUCCACCUAUACGAAGACGUCAAGAGGGAGGAGGACCGGGACCCGGAAGGCGACCCAGCCGAUGAGAUGUGCAACCCGUGCUUCGAAUACAGAAUGGCUGUCAAGUCGGUCCCAUUUAACGUCUUCAGCGCCAAGAAGUUUCCUGGUCUCACCGAGAGCACCAAUCUGAGCAAGACCAUUUCCGAACAGGGUUGCCGUGUCCGCAUUCGACGCGACGUCCGUAUGCGCAGGCGUGAUGGAAAGCCGACAGGAAACGAUUUUGACAACAACCCCGAAAAUGAGUUCAGGAAUACGGCAAGGAGAACGCAAACACCAGAGAUCCGCAGCAACGCAGAACAAUUCCGGGCGAGAUCAUCGAGUAACAGCAGCGAGCACCGCACCGCGUACCCGCCUGCCCUGGAGCGUAGACCGUCUGUUGUCGAGACUUUCAAAGUAGAGAGUUUCCAGGCGCCACCGCCGCCGCCGCCACCCAUGUCAUACGGCCCUGCCCCCUCGACUAAUGUCCACCUGCGAUUCGGAUCUGAUGCCUCUAGUGCACCGUACCCUCCCCAUCAGUACGCGCAACCUUCAGCUCAGCCGCCGCCCAUCUCCCCGACUACGGCCUCCUACCAGUCCCAGCAACCUUCGCCGUACCAACCGGCCAGCUACGGCUACUCCAGCAGGCCUAGCUCUCAGUACGCUUCGAGCAAUCCGCCUCCCACACCCCGUGAUUCAUACGAUAGACGGCCGUCUACCAUGAUGGUGCCGCCUUCGCCCUCAGUCUAUGGCCCCGGGCCCAAGGAUUUGGACAUGGCGAGGCGCGAUUCGGACUAUAGAAGAGAUUCUCUUCCCCCUCGCCAACUUGCUCCAGUGUCUGACCUUGCGCACAUGGGUACCAAGCUCCCGCCCAUGCUGCCUUCCAUCGAAAAGCUUACCUCUGUGUCUUCUCAUAUGACUGGUCGCACCGAUUUCAUUGAGGCGGCUCCUCCUAGUUCCCACAACCCUGCUCUCGAGUCAGCACGCGCAGGCACAAAGCGUGGUUACGGAGAGACUUUCAUGGAGAGCACCCGCCCUCUGUACGACAGACAACGUCAACAAGAUGCCCACCACAACAGCGCCCCCUACAAUCACCGUUAUGUUGUACAAGAUCCUCUUGAGUACAAGCGUGCCGAUGGCACAUACGGCGUAAAGCCGGCGAAUGACUACUACAAGAUCGUCAAUCCUCAAUAA